AUGUACUCAAUACGGAAGUUGUCAAUAUUGUCAACACUUAUAUUACUGAGUGUGUUUGGCCACACCUCAGCUCAACGACCAGAAUCAUACACAAUUGAUGCAGCCAUUUUUGAUCACUUGCCAUCAAAGAACAACAACUUUGAACCAGAUUUAGCUCAAUCUCAGGGUAUAACACCAUUCUUGAUCAAGACUACUUUGGACCCAAAGUUGGGAGUACCCGAGCUUAACGGUACUAGUGACACAUACACAAAGGCAAGGAUCACCAGCCCGGACCUCUUCCCAUUCUUCUUCUCCUACAAUCCAAACAUCAACAAGUUCAUACCCUACACGCUCAACUUCACCCUGGCCACCAAUGGCUCUAUUACAGGCAUGUAUAAUAUGACCAAGGACCCCUUCUUCCCGAUCAACUACCUUGGUUGGGACACGGACCCCAUCAACAGACUCUACAAGGACGACAUGGCGAAAUAUCAGAACUUCCACUUCUGUAUAAAGUUGCAAUCAUUCUUCACCUACAUUGGCGUGGAGGAGCUGACCGUCACUUCUGACGACGACCUCUGGGUGUUCAUCAAUGGCAAGUUAGUCAUUGACCUAGGUGGCCUACACGCCACUGCCAAGGGCUCGCUCAAGCUGUCCUCACUCAAUCUAACCAAAGGUAACACGUAUAGCUUUGACUUAUUCCAUUGUGAAAGACAUACUGCAUCCUCUUCAAUGUCGAUCAUAACAAACAUGGAGAUUAGAUGUUUUGCAAAGGAUUAUUGUGGAGUUUGUAAUGGUGAUGGAUCGAGUUGUUGUGUGGCCGGUCCAGGUGGCGAGUGUGACGACCAUGAUUCAUGCACAAUCGAUGCAUGUCCAACCUACAACACACCAGGUGCCAACAUCACCAACUUCAAGGACUACUGCACACAUUCAAAGUUCUCAUGCGCCAACCAGACUGCAGCAGACCCUUGUUAUAAUUGGGCAUGUGAUGGAUCAAAGUGCGUGGUGGACAGCGCCAAGACAUGUCCAUCAAUCAGUUGCCAGGUUGUUGACAAGUGUGACGCCAAAGAGGGUGGAUGUCUUUACAAGCCACUGUGCACCGCACCAGAUGCAUGCACAAUCACCAAAUGUAACGCAGCCAAUCAGACAUGUGAGAGCACCCCCCUGGACUGCUCCGGAACCAAUCCCAACAAAUGCAUGGACUACUCCUGCGACAAGAAGUUAGGAUGUGUGAUCACGGCCAAGAACUGUGAGCCUCAAAAGCCAGAAGACUGCACAACAUACUCAUGCGAUCGCGACAUUGGAUGCUUCCCAAUAUAUCUCAACACUACAGAAUGUGCUUGCUGCGAUCCAACCAAGACACCAAACUGCAUGUCAGCCAAGUGUGACGAGGACUCUGGCAAGUGCAUCUACGCUGACUUGAUCAUCGAUGAUGGUGACAUAUGCACUGAUGAGGAGUGUGAUCACAGUACAGGUGUGAUAACAUACACUCCCAAGAAGUGUCUUGGAUGUCAGGCAUGCCGAGCUUCAGCCGAUGGCAAGUGCGUGGACAUUGACUCCAAUUGCAAUGAAGGUCUGUGUUCCAUUGGCAAGUGCACCAAGGGUCAGUGCUCAUUCACUCCAAACAAGUGUGAUGAUGGUAACCCUUGCACAGAUGAUACAUGCGAUCCAGUGGCUGGAUGCCAGCACCGCAACACAUCAUGUCCGGACAAGGGACUAUGUCAAGUUGGCGUGUGUAACUCAACCCUUGGAGGAUGUAGCUAUUCCAACAGGCUAUGCGCUGCUCCAAGCAACUUCUGCAAUGACACAAUGUGUGAUGCUCAGCUGGGUUGCAUCCAGUUUGCCAAACAAUGUGUACCUCCCAAUCCACAAUGUCAACAGGGAGUAUGCAACCCAACCAAACAGGUCUGUGAGUAUCAUAACAUCGACCCACUGCCCACUGGAUCAUCUUAUAGAGUAGCAGUGACGAUAUUUGAUCAUUUGCCCUCAAAGAAUGCAAAUUUCCAACCGAACUGUGGAGGUGGUUUGACAACUGGACUUGUUAAACAGAAACUAAACGCUACACUUGGUAUACCAGAGGCAGGUCCAGCCAAUCCUGCUACAGGUUGCAUUGGAGUACCAGCUCUGUUCCCAACAUUCUUUGCCGAGACGCCCAACAUCAAUGUGGCCAUUCCCUACAACCUGACAUUCAACCUAUCUGGUAAAACCUACAGCUCAGGCGCACCAAACGACUACUUCCCAAUCAACUUCCAAGGAUGGGAUACCGAUCCUGCCAACAGGAUCUACAACGACUCCACAGGUCACUAUCAGAACUUCCACUUCUGCAUCAAACUACAUACUCAUUUCACAUUCCAAGGAGGCGAAUCCCUCACGGUCACAUCUGAUGACGACCUUUGGUUGUAUGUUAACAACACAUUAGUAUUGGACAUUGGUGGAAUACACACAGCCACUACAGGUGUUACUCCAGUCCUUGGAACAUACUUAAACCUUACAAAAGGAGCAACUUAUCCAAUUGAUUUAUUCAAAUGUGAGAGACAGACAGAUAGCUCAGCAUUCCAGAUAUCCUCCAACUUUGUAUUGGAAUGUUUGAUGGACUAUUGUGGAGUGUGUAAUGGAAAUGGAUCAACAUGUUGUCCAAUGAACAACAUUACCGCUGGUGUGUGUAAUGAUAAUGACCUGUGCACCAUCGAUUCAUGUCCACCGCUCAACACUCCAGGUGUCAACUCGACCAACUUGAAGGAAUAUUGUAUACAUAGAAAGAUCAGCUGUGACAACGAGACUGCAUCAGAUCGCUGCUACAACUGGUCGUGUAAAGGUGGUGCUUGUGCCAAGGACACAGCCAAGACAUGUCCACCAAUCAAUUAUAAUCAAAUGAUGACUUGUAGGUGUACAAUCAUGACCUUUGUGGCCAUUUUACUUUGGACCAUAACUACACUUGACUCUGUUCAAGCACUAAGAUCAUCUUAUAAUGUCGCUACAACUGUAUUUGAUCACCUUCCUUCUUUGAAUAACAACUUCCAACCACCUUGUGUUGAUGGACAGACGAAUUUGGUCAAGCAAUCGCUCAAUGCCACAUUGGGUAUACCAGAACUUGGAUUAGCUCCCCCAGGAAUAGGAUGCAUUACCAAUACAAGCCUGUUUCCAACAUUCUUUGCAUCAGCUCCCAACAUCAAUAUGGUCGUACCCUACAAUCUAACAUUCUAUCUUGUCAACUCAACCAACAACGAUGGUAACUACACUGCUGGAACAAUAGCAGGAUUCUUCCCAAUCAACUACAAAGGAUGGGAUACCAACCCUGCCAACAGGAUCUACAAUGAUUCUGCCAACGACUACCAGAACUUCCACUACUGUCUCAAACUACAUACUUCAUUCAUAUUCAAUGGAGGCGAAUACUUUAGUGUUACAUCUACUGAUGAUUUCUGGAUGUAUGUCAACAAUUCUCUGGUAAUCGAUAAUGGAGGUACACAUUCUAGCAGCUUUCGAACAAUGCCUAAUCUUGGAACAUCCUUAAAUCUUACAAAGGGUAAUGCUUACCCAUUAGACAUUUUCAAAUGUAAUAGAAAAGUUGGUAUAUCAGCAUUCCUCAUCAUGACUGAUAUCACUAUGGAUUGUACAGUCGACUAUUGUGGUGUGUGUAAUGGUAAUGGAUCAACCUGCUGCUCAGCAUCAGCUGGUGGACAGUGUAAUGACAAUGAUCAGUGCACCAUCGAUUCAUGCCCACCUCUCAACACUCCAGGAGUGAACACAACCAACUGGAAAGAACAUUGUAUUCAUACAAAGAUCACUUGUGACAAUCAAACUGCAUCGGAUCGUUGCUACAACUGGGCAUGUCAAGGUGGUACGUGUGCCAAAGACACCGCCAAGACCUGUCCACCAAUCAAAUGCAAGAUUGUUGACAAAUGUGAUCCAGACCUCGGCUGUCAAUAUCUAGAUGAUGUUGGAUGUCCACCAUCAGGAGCAGUCACUGUAAAUCAUUAUGGAUAUCGGUUGAUCAACUACAUGUAUCUUAUUUUGUUUGUGAUAGUACUCUUGUACCAAUUUUAG